GUAAUUUUUAUCUUUCUCAUAAAAAUAAAAUAAAAUAAAAUAAAACAAAUUAAAAUAAAUUAAAAUAAAUUAAAAUAGAAUAAAUUAAGAAAAUGUUGAAGGCUUCAAAUACUUAUUUACUUCAUCUGAAUAAACCUCUCAUCAACAAUAUACACAAAUCCUUCUUCAAUUCCUCUUCUCUUCAAUAUAAAAAACUCACUUCUAGACUCAUAACCCUAUCUCCCAAAAAGAGAAUCAAAUCCUUUACAAAUCAUUCUUCAAAAUUACAAUCUCCUCUAAUACAGCGCUCAAAAAAGAUUCAUUCAAAUUUGAAAAAAAUUAAUUCAAAUGAUAUAAAACUGUCUCUACUAAAAUCAAAACCAAAACAACCAUCCAAAUUAAAUACCAAUACUAAUAUUAAUGCUAAUACUAAUACUAAUACUAAUGCUAAUACUAAUAUAAAAAAACGAUCGAUAAAACAAUCGAUAAAAUCAUCUGUGAAAUCACCACUGAAAUCACCUUUGAAAUCUUUGAAAUCUCCCAAAAGCACGAAAAAAACAAAAAAACAAUUGGAAAACCAAAAAAAACAAAGAUAUGGUUAUGGUGUCAAUCAUCUAAUCAGAGAAAGUUUUCAAUUGAAACCAAACAACGAAGAUGACUACAAAAAAGAUCUUUCUUCCAUUGAAAAAAUUAAAAAUUUCAAUUCUUUGAAAAUCUUACCAGAUGUAAGAAAUUAUGUAAUGCAGAAAAUUUAUGAUAAUUCAAUCACCGAUAUUAAAAAUAAACAUCAAGACAAAAAUCAAGACACAAAUCAAGACACGAAUAAUAACUCAUCAUCUUCCGAUUUAGACAAAUUAUUAACUCCAACUCCAAUUCAAAUCUCUUGUGUUCAAAACAUUCUUAAAAGAAGAAAAGAUGAGAACAUCCUAAGAAUUUAUACAAUGGCUGCUGAAACUGGUUCAGGGAAAACCUGGGCUUAUUUAAUUCCCCUAUUAAAUAAAUUAUCAAACUAUAAAAUUCAAAACCCUUUAUCACCAAAUACUCCUGCCUUACCAAAGAUUAACUCCGUAAUUCUAUUACCAACUCAUGAAUUGGUCGAUCAAGUUUACCAAGAAAUCAAAGAUGUUCAUAAAAUCGGGUUAUCUGUAUUUAAAUUUGAUUCAAACGUACCAAUUCCUGAUUUUACUGAACUUUUUAAACCCAACAACAACAACAACAACAACAACAACAAUAACAACAUAGAUCUUGAUAACAAUAAUGAAAAUCAAAAAUCUAUAGCGACAAAUGAAUUGGAUAUUUUGAUUACAACACCCAUAAAAUUCAAUUCAAUUUCAACAAUAUAUUCUUUAAAACAUCCCGAACAAUUACUAACAAAUGUAAAGCAUUGCGUGGUAGAUGAAGCAGAUACUUUAAUGGACCACUCCUGGAUUAAUGACACAAACCAUUCCUUAAGAUAUCUACAGAAUUUAAAAGAUUUGAUAUUUGUUAGUGCAACAAUUAAUAUGGAAUUUAAUAAAACUUUAGUCAAAAUGUUUGGUAAAAGUAAACUAAUACCAAUUGUAACAAAGAAUUUGCAUAAAUUGCCUAAAAAUAUCCAGCUCAAGAUUAUUGAUUGCUCCAUUCCACCCUAUAAUGGCUCAAAGAUUAAAACUCUAGCUCAAUGUUUAUACGCAAUUUAUAAAGAUGGAACAGAACCAAACUUGGAGAAAAGAUGCAUUGUUUUUGUCAAUUUCAAGAAAGAUAUAAAACCCAUCCAAGAAGAUUUAGCAAAUGUUUAUGGCCAUAAUAUUACAACACUAACAGGUGAAAACACAAUUGAAGAACGUUUGGCCAAGAUAGCACCAUUUGUCAGUUCCCCAAGAACAAUCGACGAUGUGAAAAAUUCCUUUGAAGUUCAAGAGGCUCUCAAACAUGAAAAAGACCCCAGUUAUGAGAAACAAAAAUUCCCAGGGUAUGUCAAGCUAAAAGUGUUGAUAACCUCAGACGUGCUAGCCAGGGGAAUCAACUUUAACAACAUCAGAAACCUCAUUUUGUAUGAUCUUCCCAAGACAUCAGUCGAUUUGAUUCACAGAACAGGAAGAAUUGGUAGAAUGAACCAGAGUGGAAGAUGCUUCUUGAUUGUCGACAAAAAGGAAAACAAAAGCUGGGUAAAGGGUCUUCCCAAAGCAAUCCGAAAUAGAGUCCCAUUGGCGUAAGCACAUCUGUUUCAACCUCUGUUCUUGUAAUCUCUGUAUAUCUGUAUAUCUUCUUUCUCUAUCUCUGAUAGCCUUAUAAAUAUGCUCUGAAUCGCCGGUUCGAACCCAGACGGAGCCUUCCAUCGCAAAA